UUUAGCAGCGGGGGGUGCGGGGCUCGCGCGGACCGGCGCGGGCGGCGGCGCGGCGCUCAGAGCCGCCGUGGUCGCCGCGGACUCCACAUUCCAACGUCGUUGCGAUCGAAGCCAGUGAGUGACCCUCCGCCCGUGCAAACAAAUAAACAGUCACCAUGUCCGACGAAGAAGAAUACUCUGGCUCCGAAGAGGAGGUAGAAGAAGAAGUCCCAGAGACACCCGCACCCAAGCCAGAGAGUAGACCGUCGAUCGCGGGCGAGGGAGAUCCAGAAUUCAUCAAGCGUCAAGACCAGAAGAGGUCAGACUUAGAUGAACAGUUGAAAGAAUACAUUAACGAAUGGCGCAAACAGAGAUCCAAGGAGGAGGAGGAGCUCAAGCGCCUCAAGGAGAAGCAGGCUAAGCGCAAAGUCUCCCGCGCUGAGGAAGAGAAACGCCUCGCCCAGAAGAAGAAGGAGGAAGAGGAGAGGCGAAUCCGUGAGAUUGAGGAGAAGAAACAGCGCGACAUCGAAGAGAAGAGACAGCGGCUCGAGGAGGCUGAAAAGAAACGCCAGGCUAUGCUCCAGGCGAUGAAAGAUGCCUCUAACAAAACCGGACCUAACUUCACUAUCCAGAAAAAGAGCGAAAACUUCGGCCUCAGCAGUGCCCAGAUCGAGCGCAACAAGACCAAGGAACAGUUGGAGGAGGAGAAGAAGAUCUCCCUGUCCAUCCGCAUCAAGCCCCUCAAUAUCGAAGGUCUCUCCGUAGACAAGCUCAGACAGAAAGCCACCGAACUGUGGGAGUGCAUCGUCAAACUUGAAACAGAGAAAUACGAUCUCGAAGAGAGGCAAAAGAGACAAGACUAUGACUUAAAAGAACUUAAAGAAAGACAAAAGCAGCAGCUAAGGCACAAGGCUCUCAAAAAGGGUCUAGACCCUGAAGCCCUCACAGGAAAGCACCCUCCCAAAAUCCAAGUAGCGUCAAAAUACGAGCGACGUGUCGACACACGCUCAUAUGACGACAAGAAAAAACUGUUCGAGGGUGGAUACGAUACUUUAGCUGCUGAAUAUUGGGAUAAAUUAUGGAAAGAGAGGAUGGACGAUUUUAUGAACCGCACAAAAACGAGAUUGCCUAAAUGGUUCGGCGAGAGGCCGGGCAAGAAGAAGGGAGAGGUGGACUCCCCCGAGGGUGAGGAGGACGUGAAGAAGGAGGACGAGGACGAGGAGCCCACCUUCGAGCCCGAGCCCGAGGAGGAGGAGGAAGUCGUGGAGGAGGUCGAGGAGGUCGAGGAGGAGGAGGAGGAGGAGGAAGAGGAGGAGGAGGAGGAAGAGGAAGAGGAGGAGGAAUAAAUACUGAGCUAGCACGACCGGGCUCGGCGCGGCGGCGCUGCAAUCACCACUCGCAAAUUAUUUUUAUUAUUUAUACUGUUAUACUAUUUGUUACGGGACAACGGACAUGUCGAAAACACCUGACAUAAUAAACUAAUUUAUUUCAUA